AUGGCUCAGGUACAUAAGGAGGAAGCUGGUCCUCCCUCUACCCCCUCGACGUCCUCGUCGCAAACCAGCUGCUCUGUGGCCAACAGAACCAGUCUGGGCAGCGGCCUGAAGGUCAUCUUCGAGCACUGCACCAGCUGACUGGUGUAUCACCGCACUGCGAAGGCUCUCGGAGAGGCAAUGCGGAAGGAAUUCGGGGGCCUCGAGGUGCAGCUGAACCCAGACAAGCCUCGACGCAACAGCUUUGAAGUCACCCUGGUAACACCGGAAGGCAAGGAGGUGGUGCUAUGGAGCGGACUUAAGAAGGGCCCACCGCGUCGACUGAAGUUUCCAGAAACAGGAGUGAUGUUGGAAAUCAUGAGGAAAUCCGUGCAGUAA